AUGAUUGACCUGAUUGACCUGAUGAGUGACCUGAUUAGCCCUGAUAACGAUAGCGUCAACUGCGGGGUGGCGCACGUCCCAAUGCGCCUUCAAUGGACUCUCAAUGGCUCUCGCCAUUUCCAAUGGCGGCAGCACCCCAACCAACACGAUGACACACAGAUCCCUUGGGAUCAGGCUCCAACCGCAGUGCAGAGUGGCUCGGUGGCGCUCAUUGGGCCGCCAGGGGCGCAUGACAACAUCCCAUGCGGGCGCAUCACCAAAUAG